GUGUGUGUGUGUGUGUGUGUGUUAGCUCAUAGCCGUUGCCAUGCCAAUCCGUGUAAUAGCCUUUAAAAGGCUAGUUAGCAUGUUAGCAUUCCGCAUUAAACAGCACAAACCGGGUGAUUUAACUUAAAUAUCUCACUAAUAUUAAAAACACAACAGCUAAAAAAAAACAAAUUAUAAUUAACCGUGUGUUAAAAAAUAAACCAAAACAUGUCCAACACGGCAGGGCCGAGCUGUCAAUCACUGACAUCUAACGUGAAAGGGGAUGUAUGUCAUCAAUUUCCUUCAUGCAUUGACGAUGACUGUAUUCCGGAAACGUAGAUUUGGACAGCCACUUGGAUUCACUUCCCUUCAUAAAGACUGCAGCCUGCCGUCAGUGAGGACGUAUCUGACCUGCUCACUCGCUGUUCAACAACUUUUAUUGGACAGAUAUUUACCACGGCUCGGCACGGAACAGAUUAUAGUGAUGAUAUCUGUGGAGAUCGUUGGAGCAGUUUAGCGGGACAUUCCUCGACUAAAGCUCAGAUCCAUAACUGAUUUUUUUAUUUUUUAUUUUUUUUACCCUCCGCAGAGCGCAACAUGAGGACAUUCCUCGGAGUGAUUAUGGUGCUGAUUGUCUCUGGUGAUUGCGAGAAUGUCUCAAGCAUCUUAAGUGGCAGUGUCCUCCUGCCAUGCAGCUGCCCGGAGAGAGAACUGAACGACCCGUUUUACUGGCAGAAGGAACGGCCAAAAAUGUUGGUGUUUAAAUACAGAAACGGCAAUUCAACCUUCAACGACACAUACAAGGGCAGGGGCAAAAUAUUUCUGCCUGAGGAUGGAAAAAACUGCUCUGUGCUCCUAACCAACGUCACAGCAGAUGACCAGGGGCAAUAUAGAUGCAGUUUUAACCACCAAGGAGUACACAGGAAAAUCUUUGUCAAUUUAAAUGUUUAUGCGAGCUACAGCGUCUGUCAGAAGAACUUUACCGAGUGUCAUGUGAAAGGACUCUACAGAGAUGCUGAGAUUGAGUGGAGUCUGGAUGGACAGCCUCUUACAAGUUCACCCACAACUGACAUAACCCUGGAUGAUAGUACUGGCCUCUACCAUUUCACCAGCAGACUCAUCACCAGCCUCAAUGGGACCUCGAGACCUACAUGUACAGUCAAGGCCAAAGGCGUAACACCUGAUAUUAAUCACUGCAUACAUGCUAAAGAAGCGAGAACCGACACCAAAACAUUGUUGCCUUUGAGAUAUCGGUGCUUAAAAAUAAUUCCCAUCGUGUUGGUGCUUGGAUUUUUCCUGGUCUUGUGGCACCGCUUGAAAUUUUCAGAGAGUAAGCCAACAACAAGACAAAGAGAAAUUGGCAACUGUUACUGCAAAACAGGGAAGACGAACUCCAAUGUGACAAUUUGAAAGUGCAAAAACAAUUUUUUUCCAAUAGGUGUUGAGUGACUAGCGUGCCUUCAUGUCUAAACAGAAAUGGAUCUGCAGGUUACUAAUGAUGUGACUAAUUUUUGAAACAGCAUCCAUUACGUGAGCUUACAUGUUUGCAGGUAGAGGAUUACUGUAAAAUGAGACUACCCAUUAUAAUAUGAAGAUGAAUAAAUAGAUUUAAAUACAACAAAGAAAGCACAAAAAUAUAUUACUGGGUAUAUGCACUGUAGCGGGUAAUCACUGUUCAUAUUAAGACUCUUUGGGAAAUUGUCAGCACAAAACAUAAUCAAUAGAGCGUGUGACCACGGUGCUGCACAAACUAAAUUGAGACCUACUUUUCAAUCUUCAAGUUCUAAACGUCCUUCAUUACACAAAUACAGUGUAAAACUGAGCCAUUCAAUGCGCAUUAUAUAUAUACUGUAAGUGCCUUGAAUUAAAUGUGAGACAUCUAUGUAAGACAGAGUUGUUUUAGGUAAGAUGAUCCGACAUCGUAACACUUUGCAACAGUUAUAAAAAAUAUAAAUUUUGGGUUGAUGUGCGAUAAUUUUAUAACCUGUUAUCGUCAACCCUUAAUUGGCAAUAUACUGUAGAUUGUAUUACUAUAACAAAAUACCAUUUGUAUACGUCUAUACAUUAAUUUCAAUUUAAUUCAAAUGUAUUACAUGUAAUGGAAGGUGGGGAAAAUGUGGCUGAUAAUUUACUGUGAUUUCUUCUAGAGGUUUCUUGACAAUCUUCCUCUCUGGUAUUAGGGGAUGUUAAAAUGUAUUCUGUUUUUCUUUAACUGUCUUUGUGGCAUACCGGUUACUCUGAUUGUUGCUGUUUACUCUGUUUCACAAGUUUAUUGUAUUCGAUAUAUAUAACGUUGGUUAAGUUUGGAUGGAACGCUGACUGUGACAGUUUAUGAAGAGGUAUGCCUGCAUAUGAUCCCUGCAUGGACAUGCAAAGCAAAAACUUUUCCCUCAGUCGAAACAGACUAUGUUGAACUCUGGGGAAAAAAAAGAGGAAAUUGCAAUAAGAUGACAGCAUGAGUACGGGCUCAUCUCUACGUCAACAAACGUACCCUGAAAAUGACUCACUAAAAGAAACUUGUGUGAAAACUUGUGUCUUUUAUAUAUACACACGAUUGUAUUAUGUUGUUUUGUAUACUCUUAUCAUUAUCGUGUUUUUUUUUCUCUGAUAGUCACUUUUGUGUGCGUAGUUGGCACACUUAGUUGGCACAGUAUAAUGUUCACAGGGUACUACUACUGAAAGGAUUUCCCAACAUGUUGAGACUGGUUAACGGAGCUCAAGGACCGAACACACUUAUUUCUGUGUAGCUGUAGGAAAAAGUACCCUCUUCCAAAAAGGCGUUUUAUAAAGUUUUGCAAGUAAUAAAGUUUGAUAGACAAAAUGG